AUGUUUCCUUUAAUUCAGUGCAAGUUGAGAAGUUUACAGAAAACUGGAGAUGUGAUUGGUGGUGAAUCAUGUCUUGUUCUCUUCAAAAGACCCUCUUUCGUCAGGCCUGCGAUUCACGGCACUUUUUUCUUGUUACCUUUUAUUAACUUCAUGGCUAACAUUGGUCCUUGGAAGUUUCUUAUUUCUCAGCCUUCUACUACUACUGUUUUUGGUAAAGAUUCAUCAUCUCAGCCAGCAAUCAAAAUUCCCGAAGAUGAAUAUCUUGCGGGUUUAGAAGGAUGCAAGGAUCAUCAUCAUGGAUGGUUCAUUCUUUCUAAAGGUGAUACUCCUCCAAAGGAUGAUUGGUUUCGUAUCUAUGGAUUGUCAUGGAGUAUUGGCAUCCCAAAAUUAUCUAAUUUGUAUGGUGUGCCUAUGAUGAGACCAGGGAUGGAGAGGAUGUAA